UUGACAACCGACGCCCUCAAAGCCAUCGUUCUUGUCAGAACGCCGGGGAUCGCGCGGACCGCGGAGGGGCGCGAGGCUGAGGGCGGCAUCACCUCUCCGCGCGCUGCUCGAGAAUCCGACGAGGCAGCCGACGAGGCUGAGACAAUCGACGGUGAGGAGUUUGAAGAAGAAGACGAGCUGGUGAUUCCCACCGCUGACGUCCUAAGCAUCUCGCCACCACCCGUUGUUGUCAUCUCAACAACCAUCACCGAGGCUCAACUGCUACUGACUUCAACAGCAUCGGUGACAGUCACGAUCAUCAACCCCGUCAUCGCAGAGUUCGUGGUGAAGCCGGAGAUAGAUCAAGAAGAAAAAGCUGAUGGGAGUCUCGGUCAAGCGCGCCACAGCGGGAGCUGGGUGUCCCUAAAUCUGGCCACACCACCACAAAGGCGACCACCAGAUGAGCUGGGGACGUCGACUGCCAGGAAGAGGAAGAAGAAGAAGUUGAUCGCCACGGGAAGAACUCGUGGCCGGAACUUGGAGUCACGUCGAGGAAGGACUGGAAGAGGAAGAAGAAGAAGUUGA